GCAGGGCAGAGCAGAGGAGAGCGAAACAUCGAAGUUCCAGCAUGAUAACCUCCUCUACACUUUUACACUUUGAACUGCAUUGGGAGAGAUGUUAUUGGUCAGGAUGUGCAUCUUGAAGACUGCCCUCAUUAUUUCUGUGGCUGUUAUACUUUCGGACUGUGCCAGAGGACCUCCACGAGUGGCUCACAAAGUUACCCACAGACAGUCUGCACGUCUGGGGAGUGGCAUCAAGCUGCCCUGUCCCGUGGAAGGUGACCCCCCUCCCCUCAUCAUGUGGACCAAAGAUGGUCGUAACAUCCACAGUGGCUGGGUCCGCUUCCGCUUCCUCCGAACGGGACUCAAGAUCAAGGAGGUGGAGGCUGAUGAUGCAGGGACCUAUAUCUGCAAAGCCACUAAUGGAUUCGGCAGCGUCAAUAUCAACUACACUCUAAUUGUUAUUGAUGAUUCUGAUAGAACCACAGCAGAAAAAGCUGAUGGAAGGCAAUCUGAAGCUGGCACGGACACACUGCCAGAAAAACAGGUGAGUCCUCGCUUCUCUGAGCCCACCAAAAUGAGAAAAAGAGUCAUCGCUCGUCCCGUAGGCAGCUCUGUGCGCUUCAAGUGUGCGGCCAGCGGAACCCCUCCGCCAGACAUCGAGUGGCUGAAGGACGAUCUGCCCCUGAGUGACCAUGAGGUGGGAGAGGGACGGCAGAAGAAGUGGACCCUGAGUCUGAGGAACCUGAGCCCAGAGCAGAGCGGCCGCUACACCUGUAGGGUGUCCAACCGCGCUGGUCAGAUCAACGCCACAUACAAACUCGAGGUCAUAGAGAGAACCAACUCCAAGCCCGUCCUCACAGGCACUCACCCGGUCAACACCACUGUGGACUAUGGGGGCACCACCUCUCUGCAGUGCAAAGUCCGGAGCGAUGUGAAACCUGUCAUCCAGUGGCUCAAACGGGUGGAUUCCAACGAGGAGAGUCGCUACAACUCCACCAUCGAAGUGGGGGAGCACAGAUUCAUGGUGCUACCCACAGGGGAGGUGUGGUCCCGGCCUGAUGGGUCCUACCUGAACAAGCUGCUCAUCUCCAGGGCCAAAGAGGAGGACGCGGGCAUGUACAUCUGCUUAGGAGCCAACACCAUGGGCUACAGCUUCAGGAGCGCUUUUCUCACUGUGCUGCCAGACUCAAAGGUCCCCAUCACCACAGUGUUCUCUGCGGCCCCCACCUCUCUGCCCUGGCCCGUGGUCAUAGGCAUCCCUGCUGGCAUCGUCUUCAUCUUUGGAACAGUUCUACUCUGGUUCUGUCAAAGCAGAAAGCACUGCCCUCCUCCCACCAGUGCUCACCCUAGUACAGGCCAAGGGCACACCCAGCGUCCUGCCUACCGAGAGCGGGACAGGUUAUGCGUAGCUGCGUCCGGUUCUGGCCCAGAGAAAGACUGCAUCACCUCCAGGAACUAUGAGGAGUACCUGUCCCAGCAGCAGCUACUUCUGAGCCAAGCAGCUCUCCCUCCAAAACUCUACCCCAAAAUCUACACAGACAUCCACACACACACUCACUCCCAUGUGGAGGGCAAAGUCCACCAGCACCAGCACAUCCAUUUCCAGUGUUAGCAGAGUGUCAAAGACUUGCAUGGGGCAUUAUUGUUCAACACACCCAUGAGUGACUGUGGUUUUCUACUUGUAGAUGUUUAUACCUGCUGCAUUUUAAAUGCACACCACUCAUGUAUGCAUCCUUGUACACGUCAAAGGACACAAAACUGUGACAGUGAGUUUGGUGUAACUUUUCAGGAGAACAUGUUUUUUUCCUGGUGGAACUGAGUAUGAGGUAUAGAGACUGGGGUUUUCCCUUCACCUUAGCAGUGGCUGGUUUACACUCUUUUGUCAUUUUAAUGUGGACAGAGCUUUGGCAUAGACCACUAAACUCCACAGGACCUAUCCACCUCGGGUUGUGUUUUAAUAUUUCUAUAUGAUACCUUGCCUGAGACUGCAGGGGUAGAUAUUUGUUGUGAAGUUUUGUAUUUGUAGAAUUAUUCAAUUUCAUAAUCUAUUUUGAUCUGUAUACAAGUGGCAGCAAAAGGA